AUGGAUCAAAUUCAAAAGACACAAUCAGCACCUGAACGUAUUUACAAAGAUUUUGAACCUUAUUUUGAAUGGAUUAGAGAUGAAGUAAGUUACACUCUUAUCCUAAUGCUGCCAGGAUUCACAAAGGAACAAUUGAGAGUGCAAGUGACUUCAAUAGGUGUCCUAAGGAUCAAUGGUGAAAGGCAAGGGAUUGAGAAUAUAUGGCAUCGUUUUCGUAAGGUAUUUCCAAUUCCUCAAUAUUGUGACACAAAUGAUGUCGAUGCCAAGUUUGAACAUGGAGUGUUGUCAAUCAAGUUUCCAAAAUUGAUCACCCCGGAUAAUAAGCCUCAAGAACAAGAAACUAUCACGAAUCCACCACAAGAAGAACCUUCAAUGGCACGUCAAAAUAGUGAUGAAGCUAAGGCGCCAACACAAGCACAAGUGGUUGAUGAACCGCGAGAGAUGCAAAAGGAAGAUGAAAAAGAAAAUAACAAGAUAGAAGAACAAGUUGAGAAUGAUCAAAAGAAUGUGAAGACUAAUCAUGAGUCGUCGGAGACUAAAAAAGAUGAAAUAGAUAAUAACAAGAUAGAAGAACAAGUUGAGAAUGAUCAAAAGAAUGUGAAGACUAAUGAUGAGUCAUCCGAGACUAAAGAGGUUAUUAAAACUCGCGAAGUUCAGAAAAAGCAUCAAAGCAAGAUAACACAAAGAUUGAAAACAAGAGUUUUAGAUUUUAAUAUAAGCUUGAGAUCAAAAGAUGAUAAGGAUGUUGAUGAAUUAGGUUUUGGUUUUGGUGACACAAGGCCUAAGAGGGGGAAGAUGUGUCUGAACAUGUUUGUGGCAACCUUGCUGGUUUUGGUGCUUGGAGUCUACUAUCUACCAUUUACUAAUCAAUUGGCCAAACUGACCGAUUUGUCCCUUGCACAAAUUGCAUUUACAAAGGAAAAAGGGCAUUUUUGUAAUCAACUAAAUACAACACAAAAUUUUCACCUUUUUCAACAAGUCUUCUGUGACUUUGAUUGGGAAUUAGACGAACUCGAGGCAAGGGAAGCUCGAAAGAAAGCCAUUGCAGAAAUGAGUGAGGAAGCCAAAGCUGCAUUUGAUGCUAUGAGAUUUUAUAAGUUCUACCCCUCAAGUUGA